AUGGCAUUGGAACGACGACUUUUCGUAUUCCGGGAUCACUCACAUCACAAUAUUCUUUAUGUGUUUGGAGGAUUGGUGAAGUUGCUCAAGUCGCUGGAGGCAGCGGUUCAUCGAUCUCUUCCUGAAUCGUUAAGAGUAAUUGAUGAAGCUGUAGAUGCUUAUGCUUAUACUAGGUGUUGUGGGGCUGAUGUUCCAAUUUUGUGUGGCUAUUGUGGAGAUCACAGAUUCAACUUCCUAAAGCUUUAUGGAGAACGAUUUGAAGAUUGA